GCUCGGCACCUCCCCAUCUACGGAUCUACCGAGCAUCGAAGGCACACGAUCCAAAUAUGCCUUCGGCGCCGCUCGUCGCGGCUGCCAUCGGCACGCGCGUCAGCCUCCGCCCGAACCUCUCACUCCUCGCCGAUCGUUGCGCUACACCUUGCGCCCUAGCCCGCGUGCACGCCGCCAUGCUCGUCUCCGGCCGCCUCGCCGAGGACGCUUUCGCCGCGUCCCGGCUCCUGGACGCCUACGUCGCGCUCUCUCCGGAUCCCGCUGCCGCCGCACUCGCGCUCCUCUCCUCCCUGCCCUGCGCGCCCAACUCCUUCAUGUUCAACACCACGCUCCGCGUGCUCGCUUCCUCCCCGGACCCGGCCACCGCAUUCCCCUUCUUCUCCCGCAUCCACGGCACUGGAGCCCUCGUGCCCGGCCGGCACACAUUCCCCUUCCUCCUGAAGGCCGCCGCGCGCCUUCCGCUCUCUCUCCCCGUCACCGAACAGCUCCACGCGCUCGCCGUCCGGCACGGGGUCCACCUCGAUGCCUACGUCGCCAAUGGCCUCGUUCGGGCCUACUCCGUGGCGGGCCUUCUCCGCCCCGCGCGCAGGGUGUUCGACGAGGUGCCCGAGCGGAACGCGGCCGUGUACACUACCAUGGUCUCCGCGUACGCGCAGAACGGGAGGCACGAGGACGCGAUGGCGGCGUUCGUCCAGAUGGUCCGCGUGGGCUUCGAGCCCUGCGGCGCCGCGCUGGCCUCGGUGCUGUCUGCGUGCGCGCGGUCGCCGUCGGGCGGGCUCGAGAUGGGCCGUCACGUGCACGACCUAAUGGUGGCACGGGGCGUGGCAGUUGGUCCCAUCCUCGGCACGGCGCUGGUCGACAUGUACGUCAAAAAUGGCGCCAUUGAGGAGGCCUUGGCAGUGUUCGACGGGCUGCCAGAGCGGCGCGUGCCGGCUGCAUGGAACCCUCUCAUCUCGGGGCUGGCGAACCUCGGGCACGGUGAGCGUGCACUCGACUUUUUCAGACGGAUGCAGCGGGAGGGUGUGCCACCGAAUGCGACCACACUCGUCGGGGCACUCUCGGCGUGCUCCCACCCAGGGCUGCUGGACGAGGCCCGCCGGCUGUUCAGGUCCAUGGAGAAGGACUUCGGGAUCGUUCCAGGAAUCCAGCACUACGGAUGCAUGGUGGACCUCCUUGGCCGUGCUGGCCUCUUAUCGGAAGCGGAGGAUAUGAUACGGGAGAUGUCAUGCAAGGCGGACACCGUGAUAUGGGGAGCACUCCUGACGGCCUGCAAGAACCACGGUGUCAUUGAGAUUGCGGAGCGGGCAGCGGUGGAGAUGCUGAAACUAAAUCCCAGUAACCAUGGAGUGUAUGUGGUACUGUCCAACUUGUAUGCCGAGGCUGGUAGGUGGCAGGACGUGGACAAGCUGAGGAAGGUGAUGAAGGGAGCGAGGCUCUCUAAAAUCCCUGGGGCAAGCGCAGUUAAUGGUGAUGGGUCACUGGAGCAACCAUAGUUAUCGCCACCACAAGGAAAUGUGCUGGUCUAGUUCCCCGUUGUGCUCAUGAAAGUUUAUGGCAAUCCCCAGAAAAGAUGAUGCAGAUAGGAGAAUGAUGGGUGGAUCAAAUGAUCAAUAUUAGAUAUCUGACAAAUGCUUAGACAAGUACAGAACAUUGUAACACUUCUGAGAAUGUGCAUAUCACCAUCAUUAGCCCAAAUUAAGCAUGAUACCAGUACGUCAUCACUCUACUUUGUUGCUAAAAAAAAUCCUCCCAGAAAUCAGACAAAGGGAGGUACUAUACAGUUGAACCAUCAACUCAGUUCUGUUCUCCGGCGAAUUCGGUGUUUUGGUUACUAGCAAAGCAGGCUGUAUGACGGCAUGUCUUCGAUGCGGAUGACAUCGUCCAGCAUAAGCUCCCUCUCCAGCUGGGCUCGUGUCGACUUCAGCACCUCCUGGUAGUGGCACCACAAGCAUGAGAUCAGUAGAACAUUUGCACUUUGAGUUGAAACAUAGGAUGAAAUGUUCAUAUUCUCAGAACGUACAUUGAAGUCCAUGUAAGAUGCAUUCUUGUCCAGCCACUGCUUGUCCAUCACAACAAAUGCGACACAGUAGAGCAGAUCAAAUGCCCACUCAUCCUCUGUGUCAAGGAAAUCAAGAGCAAGUUGUUGGACACUGAUGGCAUUCUUUCACAUGCCAGAGCAAAAAA